CUAACCCAUUGUCUUGUCAUCCAUAGGAAGGAGGGCUUGGCAAAAUGUGGGAAGUGCAAAAAAGCGUUGUAUUGCAAUGUGAAAUGUCAGGUAAGACAUGAUGGUGAUGGAUGAUGACAUUGCACAUACAGUGCCUUCGGAAAGUAUUCAGACACCUUGACCUUUUCCACAUUUUGUUCCAUUACAGCCUUAUUCUAAAAUUGAUUAAAUUGUAUUUUUUCCUCAUCAAUCUACACACAAUACCCCAUAAUGACGAAGCAAAAACAGGUUUUUAGAAAUGUUUGCUAAUUUAUUAAAAAUAAAAACUGUAAUAGUGCAUUUACAUAAGUAUUCAGACCCUUUACUCAGUACUUUGUUGAAGCACAUUUGUCAGCGAUUACAGCAGCGAGUCUUCUUGGGUAUGAUGCUACAAGCUUGGCACACCUGUAUUUGGGGAGUUUCUCCCAUUCUUCUCUGCAGAUCCGUCAGUUUGGAUGGGGAGCGUUAGGGUUACUCUCCAAAGAUGUUCGAUCGUGUUCAACUCCGGGGUCUGGCUGGGCCACUCAAGGACAUUCAGAGACUUACAUUUUAGUCAUUUAGCAGAACGCUCUUAUCCAGAGCGACUUACAGGAGCAAUUAGUGUUAAGUGCCUUGCUCAAGGGCACAUCGACAGAUUUUUCACCUAGUCGGCUCGGGGAUUAGAACCAGCAACCUUUUGGUUACUGGCACAACACUCUUAACCACUAAGCUACCUGCCGAAGCCACUCCUGCGUUGUCUUGGCUGUGUGCUUAGGGUCGUUGUCCUGUUUGAAGGUCCCAGUCUGAGGUCCUGAGCGCUCUGGUGCAGGUUUUCAUCAAGGAUCUCUCCGUUCAUCUUUCCCUCGAACCUGACUAGUCUCCCAGUCCCUACAGCUGAAAAACAUCCCCACAGCAUGAUGCUGCCACCACCAUGCUUCACUGUAGGGAUGGUGCCGGGUUUCCUCCAGACGUGACGCUUGGCAUUCAAGCCAAAGAGUUCAAUCUUGGUUUCAUCAGACCAGAGAAUCUUGUUUCUCAUGGUCUGAGAGUCUUUAGGUGCCUUUUGGCAAACUUCAAGCGGGCUGUCAUGUGCCUUUUACUGAGGAGUGGCUUCCGUCUGGCCACUCUACCAUAAAGGCCUGAUUGGUGGAGUGCUGCAGAGAUGGUUGUCCUUCUGGAAGGUUCUCCCAUCUCCAUAGAGGAACUCUAGAGCUCUGUCAUAGUGACCAACGGGUUCUUGGUCACAUCCCUGACCAAGGCCCUUCUCCCCCGAUUGCUCAGUUUGGCCAGGUGGCCAGCUCUAGGAAGAGUCUUGGUGGUUCCAAACUUCUUCCAUUUAAGAAUGAUGGAGGCCACUGUGUUCUUGGGGAUCUUCAAUGCUGCAGAAAUGUUUUGGUACCCUUCCCCAGAUCUGUGCCUCGACUCAAUCUUGUCUCGGAGCUCUGUACAGACAAUUCCUUCGACCUCAUACCUUGGUUUUUAAUCUGACAUGCACUGUGAACAGUGGGACCUUAUAUAGACAGGUGUGUGCCUUUCCAAAUCAUGUCCAAUCAAUUGACUGUACCACAGGUGGACUCCAAUCAAGUUGUAUAAACAUCUCAAGGAUAAUCAAUGGAAACAGGAUGGAAACAGGAUGCACCUGAGCUCAAUUUAGCAAAGGGUCUGAAUACUUAUGUAAAUAAGGUAUUUAUGUUUUUUAUUUUUAAUACAUUUUCAAAAAUGUCUAAAAACCUGUUUUCGCUUUGUUAUUGUGGGGUAUUGUGUGUAGAUUGCUCAGGAAAAUAUUUUAUUUAAUCAAUUUUAGAAUAAGGCUGUAACGUAUCAAAAUGUGGAAAAAGUCAAGUGGUCUGAAUACCUAGCUGUGCAUUCUCUUCCAGACUCAGUGUGUACUAUACUCUCAGUUCUGAAUGUUCUGAAUGUGAAGGCAGAUAAUGUGUCAUUAAUAUCAUAUAGACAGAAUGCCUAUAGUUCCAGGAAUGGCUGGGGGAAUGGAUGGGGCUAGGGUAGAGGGGUUAGUUUGGAAUGGGAAGGAAGGGGGUAGAGGAUAUACCAAAUCGGCAGGGUUAGGGGAAAGCAUAUAGUUAGGGUUAGGGUUUGGGUUAGGGUCAUCCCUAAACACUGGUUGUUUUGAAAUGUGGGUCAGCGUGGUCGGGAUGUUUUCUGUGGGGUAUGAGGAAUGGGGGUGUAGGUCUGAAACCCUACCUCUUCAAAGAGUAUCUUAAAUAUCACACAGCACCAAGAGUGUGCAAGGCUGUCAUCAAGACAAAGGGAUGGCUAUUUGAAGAAUCUCAAAUAUAAAAUAUAUUUUGAUUUGUUUAAUACUUUUUUGAUUACUACAUUAUGUGUUAUUUCACAGUUUUGAUGUCUUCACUAUUAUUCUACAAUGUAGAAAAUAGUAAAAAUAGUAAAAAUAUAGAAAAAACCUUGAAUGAGUAGGUGUUCUAAAACUUUUGACCGGUAGUGUACUUCAUACAUAACUCCUGUGUGUGUUCUUCAGAAAGGGGACUGGGCGAUGCACAAGCUGGAGUGCGGGGCCAUGAUAGCGUACGGGGAGAACUGGUGUCCAUCUGAGUCCGUCCGGCUGGUGGCUAGGAUAAUCGCCAAACAGGUGAGAGAGAAAAGUAGCUCUAUAGCACAGUCACUACAAGUAACUCUACCAGUGUGAUGAUAACCUAUGUAAUUACCCUGUAAUUGGUCUACUGUAAGAUAAGCCUUAUAUAUAGCCUAUACUGUAUGUCAACAAGAUGUGUAGCCCUUUCCUGCAGUCAAAUGACCUACUGGCCUCAUGGGUGGAAUGUUAUUAAUAUUUUUCAUAAUUUCAUAAUUAAUAAAUAUAAUUGUAAAAGUCCGGUUUUUCUAUGUCAAAUGGUUUUGUUAUAUUUCAGUCUUCUGUGAUGUAUAUAAAGUGUCAUAUUGGGAUGCUAACUCAAAAUUGAAAAAAUGUCAACUCUAUAUCUGACAUGGUACAGGUGUCUUCUUUUUUUAAGCCCAUAACCAUGUGUGUGAGGUGUAUACUUUUGUUUCAAAGUAGAUUUGUUUAAGACCACCAAUAAACACUCUGUGUUAUCCUGAUUUAGCCCACUGCAGUAAAAGGUUAAGGUCUGUAUGGGAUCUGUAAGUGUUGUUAGUGCUGCUAGUUGUUCUGGGAUGCUUAUUUUGGCAGACAGAGGGUGUUAACUCAACUGUCUCGCUCUGUUUUUGCAGAAAGCCCAGAAAGAGAGGAGUACGUCAGAGAAGCUCCUGCUGAUUGGAGAGCUGGAAUCACGUACUAACAAAACACACACAGAGAGAAUGAGUCAUUACGCUGAGUGUUCCUUUGUGUUCUGUCUGCUUAUUGUAAUUAUGUGUGAGAGGCAUCUCUUUCAUCAUGGUACUGGAAGUGACACAAAGUAAAGGAAGAUAAAAUGAUAUUGUAAUGAAUUCGGGCGGGGUUAGCCCCGACCGGGACUCAAACCCGGGUCCAGUGACUGUCAACCGAGUGUGUCCCUACUCUUUUCUAUACCAAGUCCCUCACGUGUACCCGCCUAUCCAAUGGCCUCAUGCGCGCUAUCCCACUUCUUACACCAAUGUAGCAAAUUCGGGGUUUAGCCCCGAUCGGGACCCGAAUCCGGGUCCAGUGACUGUCAACCCAACCCCUUAGCUGUUACACCAAGAGAUCCAAAACUCAUGACGAGGUUUCUAGGUGUUGGGUUAAGGUUGCUACAAUAUACUGGAUAUACAGUAUAAUUGUAAUAUAGUGUAAUUAUCAUAUUCAUCCAUUCUUUGGCCCUAAUACUGAUUGCUUUUCAACAGCAGCUUAUCUUCAAACCUAGUCUUCAGAGAGACAGACAGAAUAGUGUUGUCAAGCUGGCACUAUUUAUACAUUAGUGAUAAGUGUCACCCGACACCCUCCACUACCAGGCCUUUACCAGAGCCACCCAGCGAAUGUCCCCCUUAUAGAAUAAACCCAUUCAUCCUGAUAGCACAGCAGCUUUACAUACAUUGAAAAUACAAUUAAUGAUAUGAUAAAGUCACAUUUGCUACGUACUGUAGGGGCAUUGAGAGGGGUGUGUGAGGUUGAGAGAGAGUGGUGGGAGGAAGGAUGCUUGAUUGGAAGCUCUUUGCAGCUGUCCAAGGAUUAGCAUGGAAUGAAAGACCCUCUCAAUGAGUCAACAGCAGUAAGAGUUUAGAUCAACUUUAUUCAUUUCAUAUCUAUUCCACAAUAAUGUUUGUGGAGACACCAUCAUUUGUAAUAUUUUACAUGAUCUUUGAAUGAGUUUCUCUCUGUCUCCCUCUCCUGCUAUUCAUCCCCCCUUCAUUGUGUCUCUCAGACACAGACGAUGUAGACAAUGAGAAGCGGGAGAUUCAUGAGGGAGACAUAGCCAGCCUGCACCAGUUCUACUCCAAAAACCUGGACUUCCCCAGCAAAACAGCCCUCCUCACACUCUUCUCACAGGUAAAACACACGCACACAUAGAGACACACACACACACAUUUUCUCUGCAGAGUUAAUUACAAAGAAAACUAUUGUCUUUCAUAUCACCUCAGUGUCCCUCUUUCUUAUAGUAGGCCUGUACCCAUUCUGGGACUCCCUCCCUGUUCUGUCUUCCAGGUCAAUUGUAAUGGCUUCACAGUGGAGGAUGAGGAGUUGUCGAAAAUGGGCUCAGCAGUCUACCCAGAGUAAGAAUACAACCCCCCCCCCCCCCCCCCCCAACUCCACUACAUUUACUCCAUACAUUUUCCCUGACACCUAAAAGUACUUGUUACAUUAUGAAUGCAUAGCAGGACAGGAAAUGGUCCAAUUCACACACUUAUCAAGAGAACAACCCUGGUCAUCCCUACUGCCUCUGAUCUGGUGGACUCACUAAACACAUAUGUUUCAUUUGUAAAUGAUGUCUGAGUGUUGGAGUAUGCCCCUGGCUAUCCGUACAUUUUAAAAACAAUACAAUUGUGUUGUCUGGUUUGCUUAAUAUAAGUAAUUUUAAAUUAUUCAUACUUUUACUUUUACUUUUGAUACUUAAGUAUAUUUUAGCAAUUACAUGUACUUUUGAUACUUAAGUAUAUUUAAAACCAAAUACUUUAAUACUUUUACUCAAGUAGUAUUUUACUGGGUGACUUUCACUUUUACUUGAGUCAUUUUCUAUUAAGGUAUCUUUUACUUUUACUCAAGUAUGACAAUUGGGUACUUUUUCCACCACUACACACACACACACACACACACACACACAUACACACACACAGACACACAGACAGGCAAGGGAAAGCUAAUCCUAGACCAGCAUAAAAAGGUAACAAUCCCUUCUGUGGUGGUGGGCAAUUUGUAAAUGUUGUCACACACACACAGGCUGUUUGGUUGUAAAUCUCCUUGGAUGGUGAUUGUGUAGUAAAGUGUCUGUAUUUGCCCACUCAGCCUGUGGUAGAGCUAUUUUCAGCUCAUGCCCAUGCCAUUUAAGGCCUAUGUUUCAUUUGAAAAGAGAUGGCUUUUCCUGGCCGACACAACAGCUAAGAGCUUACUCUUAAGGCAUUGGAAGAAAGAAUAUCCCACUCCCUUUGAUGAAUGGGCCAGUGCCAUGGCACAGCUGGCUAACUAUGAAAGAGUUUCUUAUUCGCAUCUGGGUAAACUAGACCACUUUGAAUAUACUUGGGGCCCCUUCAUUGCUUGGUCAAAUGAACCUUAAAGGUGACAUGAAUAUAUCUGAAAUCAGUGUUAUUAUAUAUAAAUUUUUCAUGUCCUUUUUGUUGUUGUUGUGAAAUAAUUUUUUUUAAUAAAAACCAAAAAAAGAGGCCUAUGUGACCUCAGUAUACACUCUAUAUAGUGUAUGUUAACACCAAAAAGUCCAUGUAAAUGUUAUGAUGAAGCUGUUCUCUCAGAGAAUGUUUAUGUCGUUCCUAUGGCGAUGUUAGUAGCACCCUUCUUCCAUAUUUUCCCCCUUCUCUCUCUCUCUCUCUCUCUCUCUCUGUAUCUCUCUGUCUCCCAUUUCUUUCCCAUUUCUCUCCCUCUUUGUUCCCAUGCUCACCCCCAUCUAUCUCCUUUUCUCUCCGUUUCUUUCUCUCUCUCUCGCUCUCUAUCUCUCUCUCUCUCUCUCUCUCUCUCUCUCUCUCUCUCUCUCUCUCUCUCUAUCUCUCUCUCUCUCUCUCUCUCUCUCAGUGUGGCCCUGGUAAACCACAGCUGCUGUCCUAACGUCAUAGUCACGUACAAGGGGAAUGUGGCUGAGGUCCGGGCCGUGCAGGACAUGACCCCUGGGGAAGAGGUGAGGAUGGGGACAGCUGUCGAAAGGCAGUGGGGGAUUGGUGUCAAGGCUCAAUGUUUCAGGUAGGAAGGGGGAGAGUGUUGAGGGGUUAAGGGAAGGGGCAGGUAGAAGUGGGCACCAGUGUCAUGUAUUGAAUUGCUAGUACACUGCUGAGUCAGAGAAGUGCAUAGUGGGACCGGGGUUGGUUGUAGACAGGUGACAGGAAGUUAGGUCAUAGGUGGCUUGCCGUAGUCUAAUCUGUGUCUCUUGUCUUGGCAAGGGAGCUUUUGGAACAUAGAUAGUGGAGUGUGUGGCUGGGGGUCUUAGUGGCGUCGCAGAAGAUGAAGGAGGGAGGGAGGAGGAGAUGGAGCAGACACAGCAGCUGAUUAAAUAGCUUUGCAGGGUUAUUUUAAAACCUGUUCUGAGGACUGGUGGUCAAAAAAACUGAGGCGAUAUGAAAUAGAUCUCACUGAUCUCAAUAUAUGACUUGUAUGAAUAGUGAAUUUCAAUGGUGAAUGUUUAUUAACUGAACACUUGUAUUGUGUGUGUGUGUGUUCCCAGGUGUUCACCAGCUACAUAGACCUCCUCUACCCUACAGCAGACAGAAACGAGAGGUUGAGAGACGCAUACUAUUUCACCUGCGACUGCAAAGAGUGUAAAACCAAAUCUAAAGUAAGAGGCCAAUGUAUGAUCAUCAGUUACUUCCUCCACCUUGAAUAUUCAUAUUUGAAUAAUUAUGAUUUUAAAGGGAUACGUCACCCAAAUGUUCAUUGUUUUAGGACAAGAUGAAGCUGAAGGUGCGUAAGAGAAACAAGCCUCCCGGACCGGAGGAGAUCAGUAGCAUGAUGCGCUACGCUAGGAACAUCAUCAAAGAGUUCCGCUCCGCCAAACAAAUAGCAGAAAAAUAUCAGAAAAAUAUCCUUUUUGGUCCUUCUCUCUCCAUGUAGCUUCUCAACCUGAGCUAAAGUGGAUGAGUUUAGAGAUACAAAUGUGUCUUAUAUUGUAGGUUUUAAUUUCUGCCCAACACAGCUCAAAUAUUUAUAGCGAAGAAGUUGGCUAAGUUGGCUAAGUUGGCUUACAGUCAGUCUCACUGGCUAUGUUCCUGAUUCUGUAAAUUCAGUCUUGACCUUGACUCUUGAGCACCCCCUGGUGAGCUGAUGGAGAUGUGCCAGCUGAGCCUGGACAAGAUGGGUGAAGUGUUUGAGGACUCCAACGUGUACAUGCUGCACAUGAUGUACCAGGCCAUGGGAGUGUGUCUCUACAUGGGGGAUUGGGACGAAGCCAUCCGCUAUGGAGAGAAGGUCCUCAAACCCUACAGGUACUGAUCCAUACACACACCUAGAACCCUUCAGGGACUGAUCCAUACAUACACCUAGAACCCUUCAGGGACUGAUCCAUACAUACACCUAGAACCCUUCAAGUACUGAUCCAUACAUACACCUAGAACCCUUCAGGGACUGAUCCAUACAUACACCUAGAACCCUUCAGGUUAUGAUCCGAUAGAACCUUAAAUAAGUACUGAAUCUGUUUUCCUCACCUGUCAAAUUGAUACAUUAUAGCUGUAAUGUUUAUCUCCCCAGGUUUGUACAGUGAUGAUUCCUACCUUUCUAAGUCAGCUGAUGUCUGUAUAGUAACCAUAUACAUUUUAUUGUCCUCUCUAGCGUACUGUACCCUCCUUACUCCAUGAAUGUGGCCUCCAUGUAUCUGAAGUUGGGCCGUCUGUACCUGGGCCUGGAGAGAAAGUUAUCGGGCAUCGACGCCCUGAAGAAGGUAACAACACUAGAAGCCUCUCAGUACCAUUUCCAUAGCGGCUACUUGUUAUAACAUGUAGUGAGAGAUAUGAAAAGAUAUGCUUCUAUUGAAUCUGUCAAUAUGAGUGAAAGACAUAGUGGACUGUUAAACUCUUAUCUUUGUGUGUUUGUGUCCAGGCGAUGGCGAUAAUGGAGGUGGCUCAUGGAAAGGAUCAUCAGUAUCUGAUAGAGCUUCGUAAAGAGAUCGAGAUGCAGAAAUAAAGAAACUGACCUCACACCCUGAGAACAGAGAUCAAACAACAGAAAUGAAGCCUCUCUUUCUUUCUCUGUCUCUCUCUCACACACAAAGAUCUACCGUGUAUGGCACUUUCCCUUCUCCUUGGUUUUGAAGCACAGUAGGAGGAGAAUGGUGAAGUUACAGUCAUGGAGAAAUGAUCUAUUUAAUUCUGUGGUUAAAGUAUUUUAUACAUGGGAGGUCUUGACUACGAGUGCAGUUAUUAAAUAUUGAAUACCUUCAUACUGAGCAG